UACACAGUACGUCAAUACGUUUUAUGAAACCAAGUAAGUACGUUUAUUAAAAUUAUUAUGCUCUUGUGAUUAUUGUAAGUUUUGUUUUUCAAAUAUGAACGUUAAGUGCAUUGUGUGCAAGAAGAGUUUCUGUAAUAUUUAUACUUACAAAAAACACGUUAGGAUUUUUCACCCUGAAGAAGCAGAUAAACUAGCCCCGAAAAAAACAUACAAUUUCCACUGCCAAGACUGCGGCAGGAAUUAUUCACAUUUGAAACAUCUAAAAUAUCACCGAAGAAAGCUUCACGGCGAUGGUAAAAUGAAGCAACCUGUUUCAAAAAAGAAGUGCCCAAUCUGCGAUUUUUGCGGUUCCAAAGUGCAAGAACUAGACGAUCAUUUCAAUAAUGACCACCAAAUUGUGCUUCAUACUUCACAUCAUCACUUUUCAUCUCUAAAACAAUUUAAUUUGUGGAAAGAAGCAAUUGAGAACGAAACAAAAGCAUGUUUCGUGAAAUAUAGCGGAGCCAAAGUUCUCGUAAAUUCCCAGCAAAGUAUUAGUUAUGUUUGUCAUAGGUCUGGUACCUACACUUCUAAAAGCAAAGGCCUUCGACUUUUAAAAAGCCAAGGGAGUAAUAAGAUAAACGGUUUUUGUCCAGCUAGAAUCAAAGUCAUCACAUUUGAUGAUGGCUCAUGUGAGGUGGUUUUUUGUGAAACACAUGUGGGGCAUGAGAAUGAUUUAAAUCAUUUAUUUUUGAAUUCAUCAGAGAAAGAAAGAUUGGCGGCCAAAAUAGCUCAGGACGUGUCAUUUUGUACAAUUUUAAAGGAAGUGCAUGAUUCACAACAAGAUUUACAGUCAGAACGAUUGUGCUUACUUAAAAGAAAAGAUUUGCAUAAUAUAAAACAAAGGUUGUCUCGACAAAGUUCAACUCCCAGUCAAACUACCAGUGAGGAAUCAGGAGGCACAAACGGUGAAGAUGAAGAUAAAAAAUCUGAUUUAAUGAUUGACUGUGGUGACAGUGUUUGGAUAAAAUCAGACAAUGGUUUGGCGGAUCAUGAUUAUAUGUGUAGUAAGAAUAUAGAUACCAAAUGUUGUUUAUCACUGUCAGAAGAAAAAAAGAAACUUCAAACUAAUGUAACUAAGAUCAUUUCUUCACUGAGUUCUAUGGAGGAAGUACAAGUAAUGAAAAAAAUUAUUGCUUCAAUCAAGCCAAGUCUAGAAGAAGUUAUAAAAAGGAAAGAAGUAACAGUAGAAGAGACAUCAGCAGUUACAGUAUCCAAUGGCAAUUACAUCACUAAGUGUGACAAUACGCUUCAUAGACGUUUGAUUAUAGUGAAAGGAACUAGGCAAAUUGUUAUACACAAUCCCCAACAGAUUAACUAACAAUCAAAUGGAGGUGUGUUGCCAAGAUCACUGAUUCAAGGUACUAGCCCUAAAGAGAGGCUACAGUUGGAGACUGCGUAGUAGGAAUUGAUAUGCCAAAGUUAUUAAGUACGGCGUACAAACAUUUUAAAAUCAUCAUAAAAUGGAAACGAAUUUGGUGUACUAUAUGGGAACAUGAUAGCUUUACAAAAAUUUUAAUUUAAGACAAACUAGAAGAUUAAGUUUUAUAUGUAUUUCUCAAGUGUCCUGACAAAUCUGACUGUCAGAGUUCUAAGUAAAAAGUAAAUUUCCUUAUUUUUGCGAGCUUUUGUUAAAUUUAAACAACUCUUUUGACUUGAUUGCCUCAACUUACAAAAUGCUAUUUGUUUUAUCAGUAAAA